AUGGAGAUUCAUUGUUCCCCUAUUUCGGGCCACGUUGGCACCCCUGUGGUCAACACUAGGAAAAUACUGGUCAGAUUGAUGCUAUUUGCAUUGGAGAUAUGUACAGCUCAGCAUACAUGUCCCAACAAUGGCGGUGAAAACGUUGAACUUGCCUUUGGCUUGUCCAACACCCAAGCCUACUUGCAGCAAGGCUUUUGGCACCGAAUUCCCUGCCCAACGUUCCGUUCUGGAGAGAAAACAGACGGCGUCAUUUGGUACCGGGGAAGCAGUAUAGACGACCCAUCAAAGGUCCGUCUGCUCAGCCGCUCCUCGACCGGAGACUUUCCAGCCAGUGAGAGAUAUGCCUUCUUGUCUGGUUUCAGCCUCCUCAUUAAAGGUGUCGAAGAAGCUGACCAAGGGAGUUAUCUGUGCCAAGUGAUACCGCAAGAGACUGGAUUCAGGGUUCGGAGAAUAUAUCUACACGUCAUAGGUAAAAUGUUCCCGGCGAGUCCAAAUGACACGUCAUCUGCUCAAAGUCUACAGCGAGGAACAAGGCAAACGCUACCCUGCCCAUGCACAUCACAGACACCAGACGUAGUGUAUUGGUCAACGGGAGAGGGCGUCACUACAGAUACACAGAUCAUUGCUGCGCGUUUCCCUAAAGGUGUUACCAUACAGAUCCAAUAUGGCGCCGAUUACAGCAUUGGUAGCGACGCUUCACUUACAGUCAACUCCCUGACUGACGUACAAGAUACACAGAGAUUCUGGUGUCACGUGUUCCAACAAGACGGUUCGCCCCAGAAUUGCUUUACCGACGGCUCUCUCUCGGACGAGCAGCAGCCUACUGAUGAUCCUUUGAAGGCCUCAGAAGGAUUGUUCUACCCGGCGAAAGACACUCAGCAGAUACUCCCUUGCCUGAGCUGGACACCGGGCGACACAGUUUGUGAGGUGGAGUGGAGUAAAGUCGACAACCCAGGUCGACAGGUCCUCAGUUACAGCCUGUCGACUGAUGUCGUCGAUUCUAGUCCUGAAUUCGAUCUCGCCAGUGACUUUGGUUUGGUGAUUCAGUCAGUUGGUGAUGACCAUGCUGGGGUGUAUCGUUGCGCUGUUGGAAAUUAUUCUUAUAAAGAUGUCGAGGUCCGAGUUAUAGGAAACUAUUUCCUACUGGAUGGAGGCAUCGCUGUUGAGGGUAGAACAUGUACCUUACAACCUGGUAAAAAUUUAACACUUCAGUGUCCUUCCGCCUCGUCUAUCUCCAUGACGAGCAAGGCACAUUUAUAUUGGUCCUUUGCCGCCCCUGAUGCACGGAUCACCACUGUGAUCGGCACGCUGAAUCUACCGGAUGGUUCAAUGGAGAUGUCUGAUUUGAGAGACAACGACUGCUUCCAGAUAACCUUAGAAGGUUCCCUUCUCUUGAACAACUGCUCUCAAGAUGGUGACGUCAGAUUCUGGUGUCACAUAUUCCCAGAGAAGGCAUAUUUGCUAAGGUCAUUCGUGGACGUAGAACUUGAGACUUUAAACGGUAACUACAUACUGCAUCGUUAG